AUGGGUUUCGGCAGAUUCAUCCACCACAUCGGCACAUUGCUGCUCUUCGUGUCGUUUGUGCUUCUCAUCGUGGUGGACAUUACAGCGCCCGUGAUCAAUAACCUCUCGAUGAUGAAGGUCGACCUCGGGUCCAACGCUGCUGGGGCUGACCAGGUCACGUUUGGUACAUUUGGUUACUGCAUUCGAGGCAUACGUGAUUCCGAUCAGUGCACUCGCUCCAGGAUCGGCUAUGACCCUGCCAAUCUGAUGAACCGCCUCGACGACAGCGAGUUUGGCGACGCCUCUGCCAGCACGGCCAAGGGUCUCACUCGGGUCAUGGUUCUGCACCCGGUCGCAACCAUCUUGUGCUUCAUCGCCUGCCUCCUGUGCAUCUUCACGGGCACCGUGGGCGCAUUCUUGGCCUCUCUCGUGUCGGUCAUUACCUUCAUCGUCACGCUGAUAGCCAUGGCCUGCGACUUUGUCACCUUUGGCAUCAUCAAGCGCGACGUCAACAAAAAUGGCGUCAGCAGAGCCAGGUGGGGUCCCGGUAUCUGGCUCAUCCUCGCCUCCGCCAUCUUCACCCUCUUGGGCGCCGCCGUCGUCUUUCUCACCUGCUGCUGUGCCCGCAGGAAGAAGAAGUCUGAUGUCCAGAAGGAGACGGGGACUGACACUGCUGCCACUGGCAAGCGCCGCCUACGUCGCUUCUGGUAA